AUGCUACCUCAGAGAUCCCUCUCCAUCUCAGUUCCCGUCACCGCACCUGCUCCAGUUCCCGCAGCUCGAAACAAUCCCAUAUCUCUCCGCAUCUACAAAGCCAUCACAACCUCCUUCGAUGAUUCUUCCUCCCGCGAGGCCCUCGAGAUAGCUUCAAGCUUCUACACUCCUCGUGUUGAUAAGGGGAAAGGGAAGGCUGAAGAGUACGAACUGGAUGAAGACGAGCUACCUCGACGCAGAACGUUAAAAGGCCAAUCAGCAGCUACUGCUCGCAAAUAUCUCAAAAGGGAUGUGGAAGGGAAAUUGGCUGGAGGAGCUCAAAAGUUUCUCGAAGCUUUCGGUGAGGUUGACAAGAAGUUGAGUGUACUGAGAGAACAUAUGCUCGAAAUGCAGCUUCGAUGUGAUCAAGUUCAAGCAGAAUUAGAUCAGGCCAACUCUGGUACCAAACAUCUGCUCGAAAGAGCGGAUGGUCUACGUGCACAGAGAGAACAUGCUCAGAUGAGAUCUACCAUAAUUUCCGUUUUCUUAUCUCGCUUCACGCUGUCUGAACAAGAACUAGCCGCUUUGACGUCUCGGGAUGUGCCUGUUGGGCAAAGCUUAUUCGACGCAUUGGAUAGGGUGGAGAGAAUAAGGAGUGAUUGCCAAGCGUUACUCGCUGGAGAAGAAGGGAAAACACAGGCCGGGAUGGACAUCAUGGGGGCCACGAGCGAGCAGUUGGAAUCUGGAUAUAAGAAAAUGCAUCGAUGGUGUACUCUGAAUUUCCGUCAGUACACCAAAGAAGGACAUCUGGAGGUAUCGGUGAUAAUGAAAGAAGCUGUGAAGAGGUUACAAAACCGACCAGCCUUAUUCCAAGACGCAAUCUCCGUCCUAACAUCCACCCGACAAUCAUCUAUCCUCGCCGCUUUCUUGGACGCAUUGACCAAAGGUGGCCCUAAUGGUCUUCCUCGACCUAUAGAACUCCACGCUCACGACCCCACACGUUAUGUUGGUGACAUGUUAGCGUGGGUUCAUCAAACCACAGCUAGUGAGCAUGAGUUCCUCGACGGUCUUUUUGGAGUAAAGGAGAAGAGACGAAUGGUAGGGGCUGAACGAGUGGGGGAGUCGGUGGGACAGGAAGAGGAAAUGGUAGCGAGUAGUCUAGAUAAAGAUCUUGAGGGACUGAGUAGGCCGUUGAAAAUGCGUAUACAACAGACCAUAAAAUCACAAGAAGGUAUAAUCAUGACGUACAAAAUCACCAACUUGCUUCAAUUUUAUCUGGUGACGAUGCGAAAGACCAUAGGCGAUAAAGCCUUACUCUGCAAGACGUUACAAGAGAUAUACGAUGAAUCAUACGCCAUCUUCUUGGAGACUUUGGACGCUCAAGGUCGAUCCUUACUUCGUUUUCUUCAUCCCCCAGAUGCCACACUCACUCCUCCUGUAGCACUUCGCGACGCAUGUCAAGUUCUCCGGGAGAUCAUCGCGGUCUACGAUACUUCCUUGGUGGACGAACAUGAUCGCGAAGCUGAUUUCGCGUUGGUCUUACAAAAAGCCGUGGGACCAGCUGUGGAGAUGUGCGAAAAGAUGGCCGAGUUGAGAAAAAGUACAGCUUGGGAUAAAGAUAUUUUCUUAAUCAAUUGUUUGGGGUAUUUACAACAUACUCUCGAACCAUACCCAUUCACUUCACCUCAUCUUUCCAUACUAUCAUCUCAAAUCCGAACUCACGUAGAUUCAAUGACAUACGAACAUCAUCAAUCUCUCCUUGAAUCUUCUGGUCUUUCACCUAUACUCAAAACCAUCCGUUCUCGUUCUUCCGAUUCAUCUCAAACACCUCUUUCCCGAUCACCUGCCACUUCACCUAAAUCUCUUACUCAAGCUUUAACACGAUUCUCUUCGUUCUUAGGAAACAUAGACGUUCUUUCUUCUCCUCGUUUGGCCCUCUUGUCUUCUGCUAGAUUAGCAGAAGAAAUUCAUCGUGCUGCUUUGAAAAGAAUAGCAGAAGGUUAUGCAGAAGUUUGUGAUAGAGUUUUGGAUAAGAAUGAGGGAUAUGAAUUUGCGGAAACUUUAUUAAGGAGAGGUAAAGAGGAAGUGUCCGUUGCGUUGGGAGUGGAAUUGGAAGCUUGA